AUGAACAUCUCUAUCAGCAAAACCAAAUGUAUGACAAUCGCGAAGGAUCCGCUCAGAUGUAAGCUGGUGGUGGAGGACAAUCCAAUAGAACAAGUUAUGCAAAUCAGAUAUCUGGGCAUAGACAUAUCAAGUACCCACGACCCAGUUAAAGACCUAAGAAGCCAGAUUAACAAAGCAUCCGCACUAUCAGAAUGCCUACGAGAUAUAAUCUGGUCCAACCCGUACAUGCGCAAAGAUAGCAAAAUUAGAAUCUACAAGACUUGUAUCAGACCCAUCAUGACGUACGGCACGGAAGUCCGCGAGGACACCAACAAGACGAAACAAAUGGUGAGGGUGGCCGAGAUGAAAACACUGAGAACAAUAGUAGGGAAAACAAGAAGAAACAGAGUAAGAAAUACAGAUGUCAAAGAGCAAUGCGGGAUACAAGACAUUGUGAGAUGGGGAAGACAUCGUAAGAGGCAGUGA